GUGGGAUGAAAGAGUUUGGAGUGUUGAGAAAGUCAACUUCGCACGUCGCCUUCUUGGACAGGUCAAAGAACACAAAUAUAGAAGGCGACUCUGAAAGCAUUUAGCGCGAUCGUUCAAACCGAAGUUGCGACGCUCGAUAAGCUCCGCUUGUUCAGGGAGAUCUUCGGCGUUCUUAGGUUGAUGGGGGACGCCAGGCUUUUUGCGAAUUUAGUCAGGCAUGCAGGGGAGGGACAAGGACGUGACAAGACGCCAAGUCGUCCAGCAACAAAGCACACAGGAGUACCAGUACAAGCAGCGUGUGAUACACCAAUCGUCAGGACACCAGAACAAAGGCGAGAUAUUCAAUAGACUCGCACCAGCGGAGAAGGUUGGAUGAGGACACUAAACGAGACGUCGUUCUGUUCUGGCGGCGGCGAUUCAGGAACCCCGUGGUGCAUUUAAGCUCGACACGUGACCACGAGACCCGAACGGAUUUUCCUACCGGCUGACUAAACAUCUCCAUCGCAUCCAUGGAAGCACAUAUCCUAUUUUCUUGCAACGAACAGGAGAUCUACAAGGCCACUCCGCCUCGCAAAUCAAUUAGUUAACGCAUUAGAGCGAGAGCGAGGCAAUUCGGAGAGUUGCCGUUUUUGAUUGAUUGAUUUGAAUUUACCCUAUUGUUCUAUUGCAGCUCCCCUUAAUCUUGUUCUCGCGGCCAUUGCAGUGCUCUUGUACCAAAGAUCGAUGGAUGUCCUCCAUUAGCAGCUGUGUUCGAGGCCGGGUGGCAGGCUAUCAGUCUGGCCGGGCGGUAUCUAGCUAUUUCUCAUUGUCUCAACUACAGGAUGGGCUCCCUGUCCGCUCCGCUUCCGACCCCUCUGGACCUCUUACCGCAGGCCGGUGCGACUCGCGGCAAUUUUCGAACAUAUCACGCCGUCUCGCUAUUCCGCAAAGAUAUGGCAGUAACUUAACCGUCGUUAGGUUUCUUCAUGCUGAGCGUUCGUUGGAAUUAGCCAAUAAUGACCAUGGGGCUGUUCGUGGCCCUGGCGCACAAGGCGAGACUACAACACGGGAGACGAAGCGCGAGAAGGCGAAGAAGCAUACAUCGUCCCCUUCGGCGUACCUAAUAGCUGUAUUGGAAAAUUGCGGGUAUGAUGUCAGCAUUGCGAAACCGAAGAGCCAUAGCGUGGAUCUGUCGUACAAUUCACCCAAUGCUACAUCCCGCAUCUCUACUAAAGUUUGGCGAAAGACCAAAGCCAAGAGCUUCCGGUAUCCUAAGGCGCGCCUAGCCAGCGCAACAGUCGUCGCAGACUAUCUACGUUAUGUUCAUCCAUUGCUUGGGUCAGAGCCUCCUGGGACCGUCCCAAAUCAGAGAUAUGACAAAGCCUUUGACGAUGCCCUUCUUACAGUUUUCAACGACGAAGUGCUUCAAUAUUUGUCGGAUAGGGGUUAUUCGGUAGACGACGUGAUGGCGUGGGCCUGGAUACUUACCUCCUCCGAGCCACUUCAGGCGGCAAUGCGCUACAAGGUCUUCGAGAAAAAAGCUCAUGAAAAUAAUUUGGACAGUGCUAAAGUUCCACUUUUUGUGUUACUUUUCACUCUACGAAGAGAAAACAUCUGUGCUACCGCCUUCAAGAUCCUCUUGUUCCAGACCUGGGAUAUAUUAAGUGAUAGCCCAUCCAGCGACCAAACCCCGGAAACCUCCUCUUCCCCCAAAAGGAGUGCUUGGAACAGAUCUGGAGAUGACAACACUAUAAUGAUCCUUGCUGUGCGCCUUAUACGGCUUGCUGGACAAGUAUGGCCACAGGCGUUUCCUUCCAUAGCAGCUUUGAUUACCCAAACGCUUGGAACUGCCUCUGCCGAAAAUAAAUCGAGUGAGGCUUACGAAAAGAAGAUUAGAGGUCUGACUGUUUAUUAUAACAAGCUCCUUUCGCUUUUAGCAGUUCCAUGUCGACUUGACCCAUAUCGUUCAGCUAUAUUUCAGCAACGCGCUCAGUUUCAGUUGUUGAGGGAAAUGUCAAAAUUUAGCCCUCCUCUCCCUGUCACUAGGGAAGGUUAUCAAGCUAUUACUAACGUACAGCUGGCGCAGAAGAAAACUACCCUGGAGCGGCAGUGGGCAAAUUUUAAAGCGCAGUCAUGGCCGCCCUGGAAAGAGGAAAAGCUCGGUAUCGAUUUCGAAAGGGGAAAUGAAGGCAGCGAGAGCAGGGCGUUGAAAUCUAUUUCCCAUAUGAGGGAUGUCGGAUAUGCUAUGACGGCGUGGGAGCAGACUGCAGCCAUUUACGCUGGAUGGGAUACUGAUAAAACUCCAACAAUUCAGACGAGAACCUUUCUUCCGAAGCCUAACCGCUUUCGAACGUCGUCCUCUUCAGACCAAACUCCUGCGCAGCCUUCUUCGAGAGCUAGUAUUGGUAUGACUAAACCUGGGGAUAAUGAAAGGUACUUCGAUCUCUGGUCUGCUCGGAUACGUGCUACAAGGACGUUAAAGGAGGCAUGGGCAUGUUUUCUGUCCUACGAGAACAGUGGACUUCCCCCCCAUAAGGCUAUAUAUUUUGCAAUGGCCGAAAAAAUUACCUUUCAUGACCUCUCCCAAAGUUCUCAUUCACAACUCUCGACAGAAGCCCUACCGGGUGAUGGGAAGGAGGUGUUUCCUGAACCCUCUUCUCCACAAGAUGUCAUCUACGUUCACUCUGAACCGCCAACAUUGGAUGACUUGCUUCAGCAAAUGAUUUCACAUAACAUUAAACCCUCAGGAAGAUUGCUUGUUCUUCUUCUCACUCAUUCAAAGUCUAUGGAAACGGGUAUAGGAUACCUUCUCGUUAGCAACUUGCCCGACGAACAGAAGUCUGCUCUGGUUUCCGGCCUCUUUCGAGGCCAGUUAGAGAACGAGAAAUUUCUUGCUGAAAUACCGGACGACAUUUUUGCCGCAUUCAUACGACUUCUUUGUAGGUUUUCUGUACUCAAUGAGCCGUCCGCCGAUGACUCGAACACGCAAAUACGGCAGUUAUUCCCGGUAUUAUUUUUUCCCAACAAAGAAAGCAGCAUCUCUCCCCCAGAUUCCAAGCGGCGGUCGAUCGAAACUGAGCAAUUUCAUCGGCCUAAAGCCCUCACUCAUGCAGUGCGGCUGAUGAAGUCAAGAAUGCCACGGUAUUUUCCUGCAUGGAGUCAUUUCUUGUCAGCACUAGCUACGGAUAGAGUUAAAUUCAGCAGCCACAGGAUUUCAAUUCCCAUGCAGCGUGUUAUAUCAUGGUGGGAAAUCUGCCGUGUUCUGCAGUGGAUGCAGGAUGCCAACGUCCCUCUCCAAAGUCGAGGAUUCGAAAUCGUUUGCUCUGCUCUUUCAAGGCUUAUUUUGGCGGCCAGGCAAGACAUGGAAGGUGCUGAACAUGGCUUAGGAAUAAUCGAAAACGUCACCAAUCAGAAAGAUAACUCAGUAGACUCGUUGUCAUACUCGACAAUUCAUGAAAUGGUUCAGCAGAGCGUGGCUUUCCUUAAACGUCAAUUUGAUAUGAUGGAACUGACGUCGGGGGAGAAGCUUCUGUCAUCACUGGGGCUAUCUAACGAAAAGGGUGGCAGUAACAUUCCUGCUAUGCUACCAAGUACAUUCGAGGCAACCUCGCCGUCUCUCCUACACGCAUAUGCUCGAGUUCUUGGUCUAGCCAGCGAUCGUGCUGGAUUGUUAACCCUUCUCCGGUUGAUGAGUAAAUAUGAGGCUGGCGUAAAAUUCGCUUCCGAUGAGCGCAUGGGUGGAAAAAGACUUGUACGUCGUACCGUGGUGGCUGCAAGAGUGUUUUUGGAGGGCGGUUGGGAGCGGACAUCUGGCAUGUCUGAGCCUGGGGCUUCGAACGCAGCUCCUACUUCUAACCCUCGCAGUUUCCACUGUGGGAGAGAUAAUCCAGAUAAUCCAGAUAAUUCUGGGUCCACCCAAAGAGCAAGAUCGUUUGCCGAUCCUAUUGUUAGUGAAGCAUACGACAUCAUUGAGGGUACGGAGCUCUUGUCGCCUUGGCCAACAGAUGAGGAGGUUAGGGAGUAUAAGGCUGUACUAACCGGACAACGAAGAUGAUUGCAAGUACAUACUUGCGUGUAUAUAUAUACUUAUAUCUUGUAUAAUAAAAUAUGAAAGUGAACAUAUUGAAAAUGAUACCCAAGUACCUUAGAUUUUGCAAAGCUUUUGACGUCAUAUUGGGAACUGCUGUGCCACA